GAUCGUUAUUUCAGUCGAUCGUCGAGUCUCGAAGGAAUAUCAAGUGCGAAAAGGAAACAAAAAAAAAUUUUAAAUUGCGGUAAAAGAAGAGCGAAAGGAUAGCAAAAAAAUUAUUUUUCGGUUUAUUUGUGCAUUUUUUCUUGAGAAAAAAGUGAAAAGCUAGAGAAAGCAAAAAAAAAAAUUUGUGAAAAUAAAAAGAAAAUUUGAAGUGAAGAAAUAUUUUUGGAUAUCAAAAAAGCAGCUCGAAAAAAAUUAAAGAAAAAAUUUUGAAAGAAAAUUUUCACUGUAAAUCGAGAAAGUAAAAAUAGAAUAAAUUCAAGGUUCGCUUGAGUGUAUUUCAUAAAAUUUUGAGCUUUUAAAAGGAAAACAUAAAAGAUAAGAAAUGGCGCAAAUCAUAACAGCUCGUCUAGCAAGAAUUGACUCUCAGCCUUGGGGCUUCCGUUUACAAGGUGGAAAGGACUUUGGAACACCGCUUGUAAUCCAAAAGUCAUUUAAAGCAAAAAAAAAGAGACUUGCACAUAAAGGAAACUCGACUGGUAUUGAUAUGUGA